AUGCAACACGCAAUUGGAAGUCUAACAGACCUCGCACUUAAGAAAGAGUUACAGGAGGCAGGAGAGUUGCAGGAAGUUGAUCAGGAAGCCAAAAAUAAUGACAAAAAUGAUAAUUAUAAUGUUGAAAAAGAUGAUCAAAAAGAAAAAGAUCAAGGUGUACAAGAAAGUAGUUGUUCUGAUUCUGAUAGUUCUGACUCCAAUGGUUCUGGUGGUUCUGCUAUUUCUAGUGCUGCAUUUAUUACACCAGGAGUAAAGCUAUCUAUAGAGGGACCCACUAUUAUUCCAAUGGUCCCUUUUGGUUGCUUAGUUCAA